CGUUCUCAUCAUCAUCAUCACAAGCAAUAACAAGCAAGCAAACAACAGCUUCUACCAUACUCUAAUACCACUUCUUCUCUCAACACCUCACUCUCAACCAAACAUCAAAAUGUUCGCUUCCAAGGCCUUUGCCCUCUUCGCCGCUGUCAUCGCCAGCGUUUCCGCUGCUCCAGCUGGCACUCCUACUACUGGAAACGACUUGGUCAGCCGCACAGGAUGGACCGGAGUCACUCACUCCGUGGUUGUUGGACGCGGCGGCCUUCACUUCGAUCCCGAGAACGUUGUAGCUGAGAUUGGCGACACCAUCGAGUGGCACUUCACCGCCGCCAACCACUCCGUUGCUCAAUCCGACUUUGCCCACCCUUGCAAGCCUCUCGCCGACGGCACCAGUUUCUUUGCAGGGUUCUUGUUUCCGACGAAAGAAGGUCAGAACCCGAACGUUUACCAGAUCACCGUUAUCGACAACAACCCCAUCUGGUACUACUGCCCCCAGACCAAGGGCAACCACUGCCAGAUGGGCAUGGUCGGUGUUGUCAACCAGAACUUCGACUCCCAGAACACUCUCUCAAACCAGAAGGUCAUUGCUGCUGGCACUGGUGUUUCCACCGUCGGAACUAUUCAAGGCGGCAAGAACGGAGGCUUCACCCGUGCCAACCCCAACCCCAACAGCGGUUUCUAAGCAGCUUCUAAGCAGCUCCUUUUCUUUUUCUCUCUUAAUACCAUCUUUCCUAGCAUAGCAUUUCCUUUUCGGGCAUGGCGGAGUACAAGUUGGACUCGGAACAUGGCGGGCUUUGGGUAGCGACGAAGAUAUCACGGUGAAUUAUAUAGACAUUAGACUUUCCUUAAUAAAACCUAUACUGGUUCAAAAAU